AUGGUGGAUCUCACACUCAAGAUAUUCAAUCAGCAUCAGCCCGGCCUCAGUUGUGACAAUGACACAUUUGCUCUACCAGGUGGCUCUGGGUCAGCAGCAGGUAGUCCUUACCAGGCUCGAGCAGCACCUCUGCGUGAUCUCGUAGGGCUGGAGCUGCCCCCAAGACACGUCGCUGAUUUCUUGAUCAAUACCUAUUUCAAGUCAGUCCAUUGGUUCAUGAUGGUACUAGACGAGCCUUCAUUUCGCCAAAAUUAUGAACGCAUCAUUUCCUCUGGAGUUGCGUGUCAGUCUGAGCUUCCGUUUGUCACGUUGCUGAUGAUGGUGCUGGCAAUUGCAUCACGCUAUGCGAGAAUGAAGGAGAUACGAGAUUGCUGUCCUGAUUUCGACAUGGACUCCCUCCAGACCCUGUUGCUGAGCAAAGUGAAGCAGCACAUAUACGAUCUCUUCGACGAUGCGUGUCUCGAGGCGGUCCAGGUCACCAUCCUUCUGGGAUCCUUCUACCUUUACAACGCAAAGCCCAACCUUGCGUUUGCCAUACUGGGGGCGGGUAUCAAGUGCGCACAGGCAAUGGGAUUGCACUUGGCAUCCUCAUGGAAGACCCAAUCCGAAAAUGUGCGAGAAAUGCAGAGACGUACGUGGUGGGAGCUGUUUGUGUUUGACAGAUUCGCCUCUAUUGUCUUUGGAAAGCCUUGUUCCAUUAGAGUGUCUGACUGCAAAGUCGAAGUAUCUGCGGUGCUAAAUUGUUUCUCGCCCCAACAUCCCGACUACCAGUCAACCGAGAUCACCGAGGAGGGCAAGAUGGUCCCCGUUACCCUCUAUACCUAUCAGUGGCUGAAGUCAAGGCUAUAUAAAAUCAUGUCACCAGUAUUGGAGAACAUGCACUUCAUUGGCCCUUCCCAAAACAGAGUGCAGCUUAGUGAUAACAUCAACAAGACUCACCACAACAACAACAUUUCUUCUGGAGCAGUGCAGUCUACUUUCAAGAUGCAGGCUCUGGCACUGCAACUGGCCUAUGAUAAUAUCAUGGUUAUUCUGCAUCGCCAACUCCUCCUAUCCGAGCCAGAAGACUUCUCAGUACCGCACACGGAGAAUGGACGUGACGGAGCAUCACGUAGUGAGCUAAGGACUACUUCAGCCAUGCAGAAGGCCAAUGCUACAAGUAGGAAUCAAUGUUGGGAAUCGGCUAUGCGCACAUCGAGCAUCAUCCAGCACCUGGACGUUUUACGGCAAAUGAAAGCAACCCAUGCCGCUUCAUACACUGGGAUGCAUCUGUUCACGGUUUGUGUGAUGUUGAGCGCUGUUGCAAUGUCCCAGCUUGUGUCUAAAAAAGCCCAAGAGGCAAAGAGGGCCAUCGGUUGCAUCAUCCGGCUUAUGAAGGGAUUUUGA